GUGCUCCAAUCGCGUCUGACUAUAGCGAGGACAGAUUCAUCCCCCUCACACCACGUGGACUUUGAGUAUUCGGACACGCUCUGUAGCACGGCAUGGCGGGACGACUACGUCCGCCUGCACUCCGCCAUUCGCGCUGCCAGUACCGCUGCCUACACCCCCCCUCCCUCUCCCACUCCCCCUACCCCUGCUUCCUCCCCCGCCUCCCACUCCUCCCGCCGAUUGCUCUCGCUCGCAAAUUCCCCACCAUUGCCACCACCAGCCGCAGCAGCAACAGUGACAUCAGCAGCAGCAGCAGCAGCAGCUGCUACAUCAGCAGAAGUCCCUGAACCAAGCUUGUCAAACCAGACCGUCCCAGCUUCUCCCAUUCGCUUCCUCACGUUCGACCAAGCCGGGCACUGCGGGGGCUUCGGGGACUUUCUAGUCGGGCUCGUCUCCUCUUUCGUCGCCGCGCUCUUGGACCGCCGGGCGUUUGUGAUUCGCCACGACUGCAUCCAGUACGCGUUUGAACCAGCCUUCAUCGACUGGCGCCCGUCCCCUGAUCUUCCGAUGGAGCCUUCUCGUCGCACGCGGAAUCUGAAUGAGUCGUUUUCGCCGGGGGUUAUUCCGUUUCUGGAUUUGAAUGGGAAUCGGAUGGGUUUGCAGUGGUUGGAGAGGUUUAAGGCGUUUCGGCAUGUGAAGGUGCUGUGGAAUCGCGGGAUGGUUACGGAGAUGCUUACAAAGGGGACGGGCGAGUGGGCCGAUGCGUUCCGGUCGACGGGGUUGCGCCCACCGUAUGCAUUCGGCUGCAUUCUCCGAUUCCUUGUCAGACCCACGAAGGAGGUAUGGCCGCUGACAGCGCAGCUGCUGCAGGAGUUGAGGGAGGUGCGGACGGUGGUGGUGGGGGUGCAC